UCUUAGCUGAAUGGGAGUUCACCCAGUUGUUGUCCCUUCCUGAGUACAGACCUCUUUCUCCUGAGUCACUCGGUUCAGACAGGGAUGGAGUCCUUUUAUAUCUUGACCACUUAUUUACUGACAUGAGGCCAUGUUCACCUGAAUCUGUUGUGUCAUUUGAUGAGUACAGGCCUCUCUCUCCUGACUCUCCAGUUCCCCACUUCAUGCCUAAAUGUUGCAAUUAUUAUUUGGCUCCCACUGGUGAUCGAUCUUCGUCACCUCAAUCAGUAACUUCAGACAUUGAAUUCUCUGAGUUCUGUCUUGAGGAAUUGUUUGCUGAAGACAGAGCAGAUUCACCUGAAUCAUUAAUAUCAGAAGAUGGAAUGAGAUUAGUAGAUGAGUCAGACAAAGAUAAGAGCCAAGACAGACCAAUGACACCAGAUUCAACAUCGGGAGAGAGCCUGUCAUUUUUAGAGGACUGGUUUUCAGAGUUAGAUUUAAGACCAUCCUCCCCUGAAUCCAUUGUAUCACAAGAGGAGUACAGGCACCUCUCUCCUGACUCACCUGUCCUCCAAUAUGGACCGGGUCUGUCUGUUUUUGCCGUGUCAUCAGGAGAGAAGUGUUGGACACCUGAAUCUGUGAUAUCAGACUUGGAUGAGUUUGGUCUGGAGGACUUGUUAUGUGCGACUAGAGCCUGUUCUCCUGACUCCGUCUGUUCCAACACAGAUACUGUUUUAACAGACGGUCAACAUUCUCCUCCAAUAGACCAGGUUUCCACUGAACAUGAACCUGAAAUGAGAGUUGAAAGAGCACGCUUAAAACAACCCCCGGAAAUAAUAGGGGCCCCUUUUAGUUUAGUUUUCCCAGUUGUUUGCCAAACUCACCGAGCAGUAGAAGCAUUUUUUUGUAGGGCCUCCUCCCCAGACAGCCACAGAGAACCCGUAGAGGAUGUAGAUUUAGAUUGGUUAGAUGAUGUAGAGACUCACAGACCUCACCAAGCGUCCUCUCAGUCGAGUCACGUGCUAUCUGACGAACAAAAUCUGGGAUCUCCUGUUGCUGCUGUCAGGGCGGAGGAGGCAGUUCACGAAAGACUUCAAGCAAGUUGUAAGUCAAUCCAAAGAAAAGAACACAGUAAUGUCCCUACGUUGAAAGGAAGUGAAGUGCAACCCAAGAUUGACGAGACAAGCAAAAGAAAGCCGAUGAGAAAAGCGGAAGACAGCCGAGUUUCUGCGCCGUCGGUUUCAGCAGUAUCCUCCAUGGAGAAUCUAUCAGAACCCAAACAUGUAUUAGCGUUGGACCAACCGUCUACUAAUAGACCUAUCUCAAACAAAACACUCAUGUCUGAAACCCAAUCUGUGACUCCAGAUCUCCAGAUUCCAAAUGCCUUUGAAUUCAGUCCGUUAUCCCCUGAAAUGACAAUGCCCACUGAGAAGAUGAGGGUAUCGCCAGAAAGUCCAGAAAAACCAUUGAAUCUGAACAAGGAGUCAUCUUCUUCUGAAACCAGUCCAGUGUUACCAGACCUUCUCAGCCACAACUCAGAAGACAGCCAAGGUGAUGAACCACAAUGGUCAGCGACCAAUCUACAAACACCCCUGGAGUCAGGGGCACCCGCCGAGCUUGAUCAGCUGCUGUCGGAAUUUGAAGAAAUCAAACCGAAUUCCGACCAGAAACUCUGGAACCACUGGACUCACCUCUUUCGGAAUCCAGCGAAGUGGGUCUUGAAGAUCUACAACCUUAUGUUGAGUUUGAAGAUCUCUUGCCUGAAUCAGACGGAAAUCCCACUGAGGUCGCCCCAGUCACGUUCUGAAGUGACCCCACAGACUCCAGAGACCGUCACCGCCUACAGGUCACAUUUAAGGGAUAGCACUCCCCCUGAAACCCUUGAAUACGAUGAGCAGUCGCCCCAGUCGCUCUCUGACGUGACUCCACAGACUCCAGAGACCGUCACCGUCUCCAGGCACUUCAGCUUCGAGGAGUUGAUCCCUUACCAGAGUCCUAGGUACCUCAACAUGCUCUCUGAAGAGCUCAAGCCAAAUACCAGUGAGAAACCAUCAGAGAAUCCAGUCACCCCUGGUCCAGUAGAACCCAGGGCAGAGAUGGUAUCAGCUCAACCCGUUCCAGAGGUUACAGCAUCAGCCCAUGAUGAAGAGUUCUUCAUGGAGUUCAGCCUCCCUCCUGAGUAUGCUGAGGCAUCCUCCUCUAUCCACAAACCCAAGCCUCCGGCCUACGCAGAAGUCAUACGAGGAAGCACCACCAUGCACUUAUACGAAGACUCUGACCCGGAGACUUACUUUGACUGCAAACAGGGUGUCUCAGACUUCUUCGAGACGGAACCUGACGAACUGAAGAAGAGGGAAAGGAAGAGAGCGAAGAGCUGGCCCAAUCUCCCGGCACACACAGAGACGACUCAGCCUUUUACCAGGCUCCUCAGGAGCUUCGUCCCUCUCAGAGCAGCAGAUGAUGAUGACUCCCUGGACAGGGAGGUAGCUGUGGAGGUGGGUGAGAUGACUUCUGAUGAGGAGGAGUUCCUGACCUCCAGAGUAGUACGGAGGAGGGUUAUCAUCCAGCAGGAUGAGAUGACAGACAUCCCUCCUCAGACCGUGACAGAGGAGCAUUACACAGAUCAACAUGGACACACGGUGGUCAGAAAGGUUACUCGUAAGGUGAACCGCCAGGUGAUGUCGAGUGAGGGGUCGCAGAGGGAGGAGGUGAGGGUGGAGGGGGGUGCCCCCCCAGGGGAGGAGGGGGACGGAUACUCCAGAGUGGUCGAGAGGACCGUGCUGAGGAGCCACAGAGAUCACUCAGAGGUGAGGGUGGAGCUGGGUGCCCCCCCAGAGGUGACAUUUUCUGAGCGUGACUCUGACUCAGUGUGGGGUGAGGAGGAAUCAGCUGAAGGUCGCGAGGUCAGCCGUGUGGAGCGGAACGCGGUGGUGGUGGAGGGGGAUUGGACCGAGACGCACCACGGUGACCCCACCCUGACCUCUGACCUCCCCACGGCCCGGGACGACUUCACACAGGGCCAAGAUGUGUAAGGGGCGUACCCAGAGACGGACAGUAGUGAGGGGGGAGGAGCCUGUGGUAACAGGAAGCAGGUUCUCUUGGAGCGACUAGAUGAGCCCUCUGAGGGGUCCUGACUCCACGUCCUCCAGCAGCACCUUCAUCACCUCAUCCACCUCUACUGUUAGAAGGAGGAGGAAGAGGAGGAGGAUGGGGGAGGAGGGGAUGAGGAGGAAGAGGGGAGAAAAAGGAAUAACAGGCCUCCUUUCUCGCCUCGCUAGUUUCCUGUUCGGCCUCUGACCCCGCCCCUUUCCCUGAUGAUCCACCAAUCCUAUGCAUCAGGCACAUGCAAUCCCAGAGUGCACCUCAGUCCUCCACCGUCUUCCUGUUUCAACAAUCACUACUGUUUGGUCUUAAUUAACCUGCUUAUUCACUUCUUUUCUUUCUUUCUUUUUUCUUUUCUUCUUUGUGUGUUUUUUUCCUUUUGCAUUUUUUUUUUUUGUGACCAAAGAGUGUUUUUCCAUGUUUGUUUUCUGUACGUAUUGGAUCUUGAUGCUGUGGUAGAACACAGACAGACAUUAGUCAUAUAUGUGUUGUACUGCUAGAGUAGGUGGUUGGACUAACAGA